AUGGUCCGUGUGCUGAUCACUUCACCAACCGCCCCGGACCGAUACCCCACGUCAUAUAAGCCUACCCGCAAGGAUGUCGACACUUACAAGGACCCUGAAGUAUCUCUUACGAAUCGGACCCCGCCAAUAUGUGUACCAGAUGAACGUGAUACCAAGGCCGGAACUCUCGUUGGCACAGAUCGUUCCGGAAACAAAUUCUAUGAGAAUAACGAAGAAGAGUUGCCGUUGAGGACAAAAUGGGUUGAUUACAAGGAGUGGAAGGAAUACGAUGCUUCGCACGUUGAACCUGGAUGGCAUGCUUGGCUCGCUUAUAUGGUCGACAAACCGCCUGGGGCCGAACCUGUUCUGAAGCACGAAGUUAGAUCUUGGGAGAAAUCAGAGCACCUCGGCAAUCUAACUUUCAGUCGGGGUGCAUAUAAGCCUUACUCCACGACAAAGCCGAAACUUGGUUCUUGGGAACCUGUAGCUAGACCUAGAACAUAAUUUAUGAGGGAUUUCUGCGUUCUGGUGAUAGUUCCUUGCGUUAACAGACUUUUUUCUUUUUCUCUCCUGUCUGAAUAGAGUUCCGUUUUGAGAUAUCAAACUCUUACAUACGAAGUUGCGAGGAGGGCCUUAUUUAGUUUGGCAUACCGUAUUUUUGCUCAGGGUUUCAAUAAGAAUGACUGGGAUAUCAGAGUGAUAUGUCAUAGGCUACCGUGUGCUAUGGCAUUCAAUUCAACUGUUUUAAGGCGAGAA